AUGCGUAAGGAAAAUGGCUUUGAGGUAACUGACCAUAUCGCAGUAUCUGCUAUGGGCAACGACAAGCUGACUGAUAUUAUGAGCCGUAAUGAAGCUGCUAUCUGCGGUAAGGUUCUGGGCGACAGCCUGACCAUCGGCAGUGUUGAAGGCUUCAGCAAGGAAUGGAAUAUCAACGGCGAGAAGAUUACUCUGGCUGUAAAAUAUGUUGAUGUGGUUAAGAAGAUUCAGGACUAUUAUAAAAUACGACCUAAUGAUAUACUAAAUGGAGAUGGUCCAGAUGAGUACACAAGAAAGGCUAGACUUGUUGUAAUUUUCAGAAUGCAGGCUAUGCGUGAAUUACUGGAUAUUGUAAAUCCUGGUAAUGAUGAUGUUAAGAAUAUUGAUGCAUUGCCUGGGAUGAUGGAUGAUAUAUUGGAAAAAUACGAUAAGAAACAGAUGCUGGAAGCGAUUAAGGCACAGGAGCCAACAGAUGAGAUGAUAGCUCGCUGUAAGUAUCUUGUUGAGAUGAUGGAGGCAGCGGAUGCAAUAGAUUCAGAGCUUUGGCUGGCGAAAGAGUUUUUAGCAAAACGUGUUAUAAGCGAGAAUACGGAUCGAUGGGGCAGACCAAAGGAUAGAGAUGAAAUGACAGGCCGUAGAAAUCAGACAAGUAUUUGGGAUGCAAUAAGCAGUAUUGGUUCUAGCAGCAAUGUUCGUUUAGGAGAAGCAGAUGAUUAUAUAGAAUUUGGUGAUGAGUUAAAAAGUGUUACCCGAAAAGUGAGAAAUGAAAUGGAAAAGCAGAUAAAGCUGGAUAAGAAGAAGCAUAAGCAGGAAAAGAAGUAA